AUGUCAUUCCGACCUUCAAGCCGCGCGUCUGCCUCCUCCACAUCCUCCGGCUCCUCCAUUCGCACCUGCCGCGAAAAGCGUGUUCCCGAUUGCGCAGCUGUCGGUGCGCUCGUCUACUUUUGCGGUCGAAACCCGCGUAAGGUCAAAGCCGUGCGUGUUUACGAGACAACAUAUCUCGAUAACGACACAUCGGGAGAUCUGGAUUGCGAGAUGAGGAGCAGCGCCAGUAGUUCCAAACGCUCUAGACGAUCGGGGCUCUCGUGGGUCAGUAGCGACAGUAACUGUAGAAGAGUAAAGCAGGAGUUUUACUUUAUUGAGUCAAGGACUAGUGGCCAUGGGUCUGGUGCUGGUUACGAAGGGGGAGAGCAGCAGCAGCAGCAACCAGCGCAGGUAGCAGCGGCAAGGCAAUGGAAGCCGCCCAAGAGUGGGAGUGAGAGGGAAUCCCGUUCCUCAAAACACUCGAGUAAGAGCGGUGGUAGCCACAGACACAGUCAUGGACAUGGACAUCGGGGGCGACAGGGACCGCCGAGUGCUACAUCAGAAGAAGAAGAAGACGAGGGGAAAUAUGAUGAUGAAGAAGAAACGGACGACGGAAGUCGAAGUGUUUCCAACGAAAUCAAUUAUCAAGGAGGAGGUCCCGGAGGCCCUGGUGCUAGCCCAAGUCCAUUCCCACCUGGUCCUCCGGGUAUGGUGCCCCCUCCUCCUACUUCUCAUCCUCCCACUGGCGGGUACCCGGGGCAACCGAUGUUCAAUAUGGGUGGUCCUCCUCCGCCACCGAUACCACCAAUGACACCACAUGGACACGGGAGCUUUCAUCAUCCUCCGCAUAUUUUAACACCGGGAACUCAUCCUCCGGUGAUGUCAGGUGGUGGUGGUGGUGGAGGAAGAGGAGGAGGAGGAGGUCAUUUCCAGCAGGAUGGAGUUGGGAUUCAGGUGUUUAUGCCUGAGUGA